AUGUUUGGUUUCUUGUUCGUUCGAUGGCGUAAAGCUUCCAAGUGUAAGAAAUUGUUGCAACAGCUCCAGUCUCGUCUUAAGCUACUCAAGAACAAGAAAUACGCAAUUUCAAGACAUUUACGUCACGACAUUGCUCUCUUCAUGCGAAUCAAUGACCACACACGAGCUCUCCUUCGUACCAAACAACUCUUCCUUGUCGAAAACUCUAUUUCAAUCUAUGAUUUGUUGCUUCAGUUCUCUGAUUUUAUCCUUCUCCGUUUCUCCUCCAUUCGGAAACAGAGAGAAUUGGUUGAUGAUGACAUUAACGAAGCAGUUUCGAGUCUUGUUUUUGCCUCUACGAGUUGUGGUGGAGAAUUACCUGAGCUAAUUACCCACUAA